AUGGAUAAUAUGCAUUCAAAUGAUUUAUUAAAAAAUUUGAGUUCAGAUGAACCAUACAAACCAUAUAUUAAUAAAAGAAAAAAGGAAUAUAUUGAAAAUGAAAAAAAAGCUAAACUCGCAAUGCUUGAUAAUCAAAAUCAAGUAUCUUAUUCUUCUACUCAACCAAAUCAAACAUUUGAUAGUAUUCAUAAUGAUAAAGACAAAUCUAUCCCAUUUCAAAAUUCAAUAGAAAACAAUAAUUGGUACAAUCCUUCCUCUCCAUCAUCUCAAUCACCAAAAGAAACAAUAAAUUGGUUUGAUGGACCCUUAUCAAAUGAAUUAAUGCCACGACAAAACAUCCAUUCGAAUUCAACUCAAUUAAAUGAAACAAAUAAUAAAACAACAAAUAAUAAUUAUAAAAAAAACAAUUCAUUUUAUAGAAAUAAUAAAAACCAUAAAGAUUUAAAUAGUGAUGAAAUUUCUGACUUUAAUAAAUUAAAAUAUAAAGAUUAA